AUGGAGGUGAAACCCUGUCGAGAACAGUUGCAGAAAUCCUUUACUAGUGUAUGCAAACUUUUUGACCCCGACUUCACAUCAAAGAACGACAACUGCGCCACAUUGGCAUUACGACAUUGUUUGGCAGCGGCCCUGCCCCUCCCAGUGCCCUCACCUAUCCUGUCCUCCACUCUCUCCCAGAUUGUCACUGGUGCAAGCAGCCCAGCGUCUCGCCACAAGGACCUAAUGGAUGCCUCUGGGGCAGAGGGGGUCCCAGUUUUGGAGGCAAGCCCAAUCUCGUCGUCGUACUCCUCAGCCAGACCAAAGGAGAAGCAGGCGGUGGGCGAAGCGGAGUAUCUGAGCUCGCGGUGCGUCCUUUUUACCUACUACCAAGGGGACAUUAGCAGCGUGGUGGACGAGCACUUUUCCAGAGCGCUGAGCUCCUGCACGGAGGUGGAGAGCAAGAGGCGGGCCAACCAUCAUAGCAUAGAACCCAAAUCUCCAAACAGUCGCAGAAGUUUCCCUCCAUCCUUCUGGGACAGCAAUUACCCGCCUCUCCCCAGCCGGCCUCACCGCGAGCCGACGGGGACCCCCGCUUUCCCCGUGGACCCCUACUCACAAACCCUACACACGGGUCUUUCCCACGCCCACCCUCACCCGCACCCAUCCGACUCCUGGGGCUUCACGCAGAGUCAGGUAUACGGACCUCCGCGGCCCCUCCAUGAACUGUACUCCCCGCCGGGCCUGGAGGCGCACUACAGCCCCCUGCUCAUGCCCGCCGUCAGACCGCCCCACCUGCCGGGCCAUUACGACAUGGGGAAGCUGGAACCUACGCACACGUGGCCAGGGCUGCUGCCACCGGGGGACGUAGCGCUCGCCCUGAACAUGGACCCGGGCCUGCAGCCGCACAAGAAAGGAAAGGAGCUGUACUGGUUUUAAUGACCGCCGCGCUCAUCGACUCGUCCAAUUAAAGCUCUGGAGAGCUGGAGACCAAACCAUUGUAACCGAGCUCCCGUCUAUCAGACCCGUCCAGCCCCGCCAGGUCUGUCCGUGUGCACCAUGGAGAUAAAGAGGGAUGGAAAAGGAACAGAGGGGGAAGAAAACGAGUCGGGUCCAGCUCUUCGCAUCUCUGUGUUUUCCUCUAAUCCUCCCGUUCUUUGUUUUCUCUCCUCUCGUUUUGUGCGGUGUGACAAAAAAAGAAACAAUUCCUGCUCCUAGAAUAGUCGAUUCACUCGAGAGACUGCGUGAGGAACGGAAACAUCGUAUCCUGGAUGAAACAGGGUGAUAACUUGAAUUAAAUAGAAUGUAUUUAUGAGGUGGAAGGCUCAGCGGUAGGGUUGCCAUAUUUCUGACACUUUGUAUUACAAAUGGUAGAAAUGAAGAAAUAUGUACGUUAAGAGUUGCUUGGAUUUAUUUUCUAUUUUUAGAUGAAUUUUGUUUGAAAUAUUUAAGUGAACUGUUGGUGUCUGAGUAAAGGCCAGUUACAUUCAUGCUAAA